GUACUAAAACCAUGGAUUUUAAUAAGUAUGCACAUAGCACGCAUGCAACAGCACCAGGCAAUGUAGAUGCACGUGGAAGCACAGCACCAUCUCAUAUGAAUAUGUAUGAUUUCAAAGGCACAAAGCUUGCCUCUGAAAGCAGUAGUCCGUCUACCGACCCAAAUUGGAACGCAAACGACCGUGUCAAACAAAAUAUUGGAGGGAAUUUGAAGACAGGCGUACAUUCUACUUCCAAAUCUUCUACCACAUCUCUGAAUGACGACAAACAGGCGAAUAUGAAUACACUUAUGCAACGGUCGACAAAGCCUGCGAAUAUUUUGCGCGACUAUCAGUAUCCGAAUGAAAAGACAAAAAAUCGUUUCUGGAGUGGAAGCCAAAAUACUCUGAAAGCCUCUACUUCGACAUCCUCGGUAGACAGUCAAAACACUCGAGACAUAAAGAGGAAUAUUGCCCCGACGAAAGAUUCACAGGCCAACGGCAUACGCCCAUCGACGGACAAGUUGCCCCGUCGGCGUAGAUCUUCAGCUGAGCUAUCGCGGACCGUCGAGUGCCCAGAGAAGGAGUGUGGGAAAGUAUACGCAAGCAAACAUGCCCUUAGCUUGCACAUAAAACUCAAGCACAACAAUGAUACAGAAACACUCGGCGAGUCUAUCGUCGAAGUUGGUGAUAGCACCAUAAAGGAAAGUACACAAAUGGUUUCAACUGAGAACGCACCAGUUUCAGAGAAGGCCACGACUGAUCAAAGCGUGGGUGUGAAAGUAAACGCUGUAGGCGAGCAAGCCCCGGUUACAAAAGAGGCCCCUUCACAACCAAGCUCAGUGGGACAGCCGAGCGUGCAUAUUGCGAGUAUUUUUGAUAUCGGUAAUGAUCGGAUCAUGAGCGAUGCCGAGCACAUGAGCAUCGAUUGGACAGAAGACUAUAAGAAUGCACCACUUUCUAGUAAUAGCAUGGGCAUGCUGGACCUCAAUCUGGACUUGGGCAAAUAUGCUUCUAGUUUGAACGUGGACAAUGAGAAUCAAAUACGAAUAAGCGACAGAAGACAUACAUCUGCUGACACCACCACAACACCGCUAGUGUACUCUCCAGCUUUCACGGCCGGACCCGGGGGGAACGGCUUGGGUGCACACAGCAUGGUAUCGGACUCAGCGUCCGAAGGGGGUGACACAGGAAUGCCUGUGGCACAGAGCUGGAAGCAGCCCGGAGCAACCAUGACCUCUCCCCGUCGCCUUGCGCCUCGAGCAAGUUCGCCAGGGAAAUGGAUCCCAACUCAAGCCAGUGGUAGGGAGCACGGCACAGGUAGCAGUCGCAAUUUGUCACAGCACUCGAUGAGCAUGCCUCCGAUGCAUAUAGAGCCCCUGGGGUCGUCCAUGUCACUGCCUGCUGCCCUCUACUAUGAAGUCAACGAUACUUUCGAGACGAGUCCACUCCCCCAAGUAAUGACGAAAGCACAAUACGUCCAAGCGCAAUAUGCGUUGGCCCAGGUAGAAGCCCACGAGAGGGCGAAUAUACAGUUGAAUAUCAAGGAGAAGGCACGCAUGGAACGCCACAACAUCAUGAAGGUUCGCAAUCAGCAGGUGCUGCAACAAAUGUACAGCAUGACUAACCCUCAACUGCCAUCUAUGUACUCGGACACGGGGUCACCUAUGUUCACGGAUAUGGGCACCCCUAAGCAGAUGCGAGGGUUUGAGGCCAGUCAACAGACCACUAAGAACGUUCCCAUAUCUCCAGCACCGAUCAAGAUGCACAGAGCUAUGAGUAUAGGUAGUGAGGGGGCACACAGCGCACAUGGAAGUCCACACGUGUACAUGCUCACGCAGGCCCAGGCCCAGGCCCAUGCGUACGCACAAGCACAAGCACAGAUGCAAGCUCAGGUGAAUGCACAGGCACAGGCGCAGGCACAGGCACAGCAACAGGCACAGAUACACGCACACGCACAGCAACAGGCACAGAUACACGCACAGCAACAGGCACAGAUACAUGCACAGCAACAGGCACAGAUACACACAGAGGCGCAGGCCCAGGCACAGGCACAGGCCCAGGCACAGGCGCAGGCCCAGGCACAGGCGCAGGUGAACGCACACGCACAAGCUCAUGCACACGCACAAGCUCAUGCACACGCACAAGCUCAUGCACACGCACAAGCACAAGUGAAGGCUCAUGUACUCGCCCAGGCCCAGGCUCAGGCACAGGCACAGGCACAGGCACAGGCGGCUCAAGCACACGAACAGUCUCAGGUACACGCACAGGUGAGAGCAUACGCGCAAACACAGAUGAACCCUAACUGUGCUAGUCACGACAGCUUCAUGAGCUGGUUGCCACAGUCACCGUACAACGCCCCGCCCCCCCAGCUAGCACCCACUCAGGCCAAGGCCAAAGCCAAAGCCAAGGCUAAGGCAGGGAAAGCGUCCCAGACCAAAGAUACGGGUAAAGGAGCGAUGAGUCACGACACUCCCAAGUCCACUCUCGGCAAACGGGGCAGACCCACCACAGCCACAGGGACGACACUCGGACGCGACAACAAGGGCACAGACACACCCGAGGGUGAGCAGACUGGGCGUAUGGGACCACUCCAGCCCAUCACACACACACGCGAAGCGACCGAGCGGGGGCAAAGUGCGAAUGUAGGGGGGGUAGCUACAACACACAACACGCCACUGCACAUGCACAAGCGCCAGAAGCUGCCACGCAAACGCUCGUCCCUGUCGCAGUCGGAUGCCACCAGCUACAAGACACACAGCCUGAGCAUGCUACCACGCAUGGCCACACAGCCAUCCACUUCAGAUCACACCACCACAGCCCAGUCGUACGACACGCAUACGCCUGCUGCGAACACGCAUGUGCACGCUACAAAGACGCAGACGCCUGCUGCAAACACGCACGUGCACGCUACAAAGACGCACACGCGCAUGCACACGACAAGCGAACACACACUUGUGACGGCGCAGCUGGUGCAAUCGGAGGAGGACAUUGGGGGCACAGGCACACACUCUCUCAACGCCACACACACCCCCACAACGUUCGCGUCGUUUAAAGAAAGAAAUAUAUCCUUCGACGGGCUCCAUACCACCACACACCAGUCACCGCACGCAGCAGGCGCAGGCGUGGUGGAGGCUGGGCCGUUGAGUGGCAUGACCAUCCCGUCCAGCCUAGACAACUUCUGCAUGGACGCGGAGGUGGACAGUCUGCUGGGGCUGACCACACUCAACGCCGGGGCGUACUCCACAUUCACGUCACUCGCCACACGCGACUAUGCGGGCACCUCUUGCAGCGACCUGAACGACAGCUUUGACGAUAUGACUCACACACAGUAUCUGAGUGGCGGUGACCAGGCAGCCGCUCCUCCGUCUCUGGACGCGCCCGGAGAUCUAGAUCUAGAUCUAGAUCUAGAUCUCGGGCAGGAGCUGGAUCUGGGACUCGGCGGACUGGGUGAUCUAGACGCGGUGUUUGGUAGCUAUGGCGACGAGUUCAAACUCGACCUGCACCGAAGUGUCAGCAGCAUGUCAGCAUUAGACACCAUCGACGAGACCUCUCGUGACAGCGGCUACGGCGACGAGGGGCACGCGCCUGUGCUGCCCAGCGCAUCACACACUCGUGUGACACACCUGGAGAACGGCCCAGCAGACAGGACAGCCGCAUGGCUCGCGCCUACGCUGUUGUUGAAACGCUCCCCUGCACGCGACGAAGUGGUGGCAAGCACCACAGAUAAGGCGUGUGGGGCAACGGAUGGCGCAGCAGAGGCACUGGGCCACACACUAACAGGCGAAGGGCACACACAGGCGGAGAAGGCGCACUCGCCUACCACGCAGUGCCCGACUGAGCUACUGCCGCCGCUUGAGAAUCACAGCGACGGAGUGCCCACACAGGCCACACAGCCAGUGACUGUGGACAGUGGAGAGGUGACGGGUAUUCGGGGUAAAUACAUGGGGUGUCCUACUAGGAGUGGCCAACACGGGGUCAGAAGCUGGCCUGCGUUGGAUAUGGAGGGACGCCUGGAGGAUGUGGCGCAGAAGGCCAGUGCAACCGACCGCACAGCCGCGUGGGCUAUGGCACCGAAGCCCACUAAUGCAUUGCGCAAGACGGCGAGUAUCGCUACUGCCAUGAGCAAUGUCACACUCAACAACUAG